CCAGUAGGCAACGGGUGAAGUGUCUUGCCCAAGGACACAACGACCGAGACUGUCCAAGCCGGGGCUCAAACCGGCAACCUUCCGAUUACAAGGCAAACUCCCAACUCUUGAGCCACGAUCGUGGACUGCUUUCGUUCUACAUCCGCUCCAGCAUAAAACAAGUUUUCAUGGACAACAAGAAGAGGCACCUAAAAGGCAUCUUCAUUUGCAUUGCAGCAGCAGUGAUUUUCAUCCUUUUCAAUCUGAAUUCCAAGAAAGUGUUACUGGAUAGGAACAUUCCUUAUCAAGCAGCAUCAGCAGAGCCACGUUGGGAGGAUCCAGGACCAUAUCAUGUGGCCUACCCACGAAACUACAAAUUCAUCAUGGAUGACACGCCCACAUGUAGGACCACAACUCCUUUCCUUAUUCUGAUGGUUCCUGUUGCACCCGGUAAUGUGGCAACUCGGAAUGCCAUCCGACAGACGUGGGGAAAUGAGAAGCUGGUUCUGGGUCAGCGGGUAGAGACUGUCUUCAUAGUGGGCCUCCCUGGUGGAAGUGAUGCUGAACAUCAGCAAGAGAAGCUACAGCAGGAGAAUCAGCAAUACCAUGACCUGAUUCAGAGCAACUUUCAGGACAGCUACUAUAAUCUGACUAUCAAGACUAUGGUCAUGCUGGAGUGGCUGGCUGCACACUGUACUAAGGCUUCCUUUGUCAUGAAGAUCGACUCUGAUGUGCUACUCAAUGUCCCGAAUCUGGUGAAACUGUUGGUGGAUCCUAGCACAGCUAAACAAAACUAUAUGACUGGGCUGGUUUGGUGGCAUAGUCCCGUUUUAAGGAACCCAUUUAUAAAGUUCUACAUGCCUCGAUCUGUGAUUGCUGAAUCAGAGUACCCCCCGUAUCCGCUCGGCUUUGCCUACGUCAUGUCACUAGACCUUCCUGGGAAGAUCUUGGAAGUGUCACCUCAGAUCAAACCGAUCUACAUUGAAGAUGCUUACCUUGGCAUGUGUCUGAAACGCCUGGGCGUAUCUCCUACUGACCCUCCUGAAGAAACAAUGUUUCUUGUCAAGCCCAGCCAUUCUCUGAGCAGCUGCAGUCUUUCAAAGUUGAUCGCUUCUACUACAACAAGCAUGUUUCAGAUGAAUGGCUACUGGGAGAGGAUCAAACGGGGAGUUCAGUGCUGAAGGUUUUCCCAAAAGAGUGGGAACCUGAAUCUGGCCGAUGGUGAAAACAAAAAAUAAAAUAUUGCAUAUUUAUUAUGUGGCAAAAUGGAGAGACCUUUGUUACAUCUUGCCAAAUCUGAUCAUUAGGCCAAGUUAACAGAAUAAUUUUUCUCUAAAAAAGUUGAACAUUACAACAUUAGUGUUAAGAGUGUAAUUAUAAGUUAGAACUUUGUGUUUGGUGAUAUUGACAUAUUGCUGAAUUUGCAAGAGAUUAAAUUAUACUGUUAUCAACUUUUUAUUGGAAUCAGUCAGGCCUCCUUUGUCCUUAGCUCAUGUGUGAAAUGUUUAAUUUACUUUUAUGUCCUCUUGUAUUUAACUUUUCCAGCUCUUUUGUGUUUCUGCACUUUUUACCCUCCACCCUGUGUUUGUCUUUAUAUUUGUUGUUAUGGUAUCGUAUGAUAUUUGCUGUAGAACUUGCAACUGUUGAGAUGAUAAGAUUCCAUCACUGUGCAGUUGCUUUAACAAUAGCUAAACAUCCAAAAGACCACAAUCCAUAAUUGUUAAUGAUGUGUAUUUUCUAAUGAAGUUUCUAUAAACAAAGUGCUGUAAACAAAUGAGUACAACAAAUCAGUUGGAAAUUGCAAGGUGCCUCCAUUGAACGGUAAUCUCUCUCACCAGGUUAUUAACAUUUGAAAUUCUGGGCUUUUAGAACUUAAUCUGGAGCCUGAUUUGAAUCCUUUUAGAAUUAAAACAGAAACGAUGUAACCAGUCACUGAGCCAUAAACAAUUUACUGUUUUGCUAUGGUAUUUUGUUAUACUGUAGUCUACUACUUUAGUAUAUUGUAGUAACCCUGUGCUGUUUUGUUAUUUUUUGUUUUAAUGUGUAUAUUUACUAUAGAUUGUGUAUGUUGUUGACUCCUUUUUCUUUUCAUUUGUUUGCUUGCUUUUUUUUUUCUUCUUUUUUUUCAUUUGUUUGUUUGCAUUAUAAACCAGUUUAAGAUAUAAAAGCUGUGGUGUGUUUCUUAGAGACAAGUACUUUACAUGAACUAUGUCAAACUAAACUGAUCUAAACUAAACUAUGGUGCAUGUAUCAUCCUGAUGUAAUGCAAUAUACGAAAUGUACCAUGACUGUAAAAGGGGGGGGGGGGGGAAGAAAGGCCAGUACUGUGAAUUCUGCAGUUGGUCAUAGUUCCACAAGAUGGAAGACUUUGACUCAAUAAAAUUUAAGCCACACGUAUGUUUAACGUGCUGCAUAUUUUUCAACCCCACUGCUUUAAAUUCAUGAUGUAAGCUUCCUUCAAAACACAAAUAAAAUACUAAAAAUAU